AUGGGGUGUCCUGAGAGCCCCACGCUGGCCGCCUUCGGCCCGCAGCCGCCUGGGUCCGCUCGCAGGGCGGGUGGGAUCUGCUGGCUGCAGCAGGGGAAGGAGGCCAAGUGCACCAUGAUCCUGAAGACGGGCGUGACGUGGGAGGAAUGCUGUGCCAACGGCAACGUGGAUGUGGCUUGGUCUAAUUACACCUACCCAGGCAACAAGAUCAGUCUGCUGGGCUUCCUGGGGCUGGUGACCUGCCACCCCUGCAAAGAGAGCUGCGAGGGGGUGGUGUGCGGCCCUGACAAGGUCUGCAAGAUGAAGCACGGGCGUCCCCAGUGCGCCUGCGCCCCCGAUUGCUCCAGCCUGCCCCGCAAGCUGCAGGUCUGCGGCUCCGACGGCUACACCUACCGAGACGAGUGCGACCUGCUGACGGCCAAGUGCAGAGACCACCCCGACCUCGAAGUGAUGUACCAGGGCAAAUGCAAAAAGUCCUGCUCCAGCGUGGUGUGCCCCGGCACCCACACCUGCGUGGUGGACCAGACGGGCAGCGCCCACUGCGUGAUGUGCCGGACGGCUCCCUGCCCCGAGCCCACCAGCCUGGACCACGCUCUCUGUGGCAACAACAACGUCACCUACCCCUCGGCGUGCCACCUCCGGCGGGGCGCCCGCCCCCCCCGCCGCCCCCCCCCGGCGUGCCCCCCCCGGCGGGCCCCCUGCCACCGCGGCCGCUCCAUCGGUGUGCGCCACUACGGGAGCUGCUCAGCUGCGGCCAAAUUCUCCCCAGAGACGGACAACGCUGAAGAGAACUACGUGUGA